AUGCACUUGCCUGGAAAUCCCUUGCAAGAGGACACUGAGCCUGAGGUGAAUGUGCAGGAAGACGGGGAUGUCGGGGAUGUCGAAAUAGACACUGGCCCGACUGUUAUCCAAGCACAUGUGGAAUUGGCAAAGACACCUCAAUGCAACCAUGCCUGCACAGUCUUUGCAUUAGCAUUGGAGUUGUCAAUUCCCCAACUCCCAAACAUGUUGUGCUGCUUUGUUUUUGCUCAACUCAAUAUGACCGGCCCCCGCGAUCUGUUGCAAAUUCCUCCCGCAAAUUGUCCCCAAUGCAACAGGAGAAUCAGCAUUUUUAAUUUGGAACAUAAGACCGGAAAAGGAAUUGGUGGUUUUACUGAUGUGGGUAACACCUACAAAUGA